GCUAAAGACCGCCGCCAAAGCAACGGACUGUUUGGGAUCAGAAGAACAUUCUUUUUCACCGACCAAAAUUUUCUUCCAAAAUGCCUUGUUUUAGAAGAAAAUCUCGCAACACGGACUGCUUCCUGCAUCACCAAGUAGACUCUUUGGAUAAAGAAAAUGACAUUUUACGUCACGAAAUACAGGCUGCUCGUGACACUUUGAAUGACAGCAUAAUGACAGAGGAAAUGUGCAAAGACCUUCGCAAACAGCGGAAAGCGGCUUCUAAGUUAAACAUAAGUUUGCAAAAAGAACUUGAAAAUCUAACAAAGAAGCUUAGAAAGCAGACCGAUUUGGAAAUCGAAAUAAAACGUUCCCAGGAUAAGUUAGACAAACUCGACCACUUAAAUAAAAUAUAUGAAAGGCAGACGGCACGUGCCAUGGAACAACUGUCUCUUCAGAAAACCCAGGAAAGCCAACUGAAGGCGUUGAAGGAAAGGGAAGCCCUUUUAAGACGAAAGAAACGCCAAGUGGAGGACAACUUGAGCGCUGUUAAUCCUUCAGACCGUGAUCUCUGGAAAAGGAUCAAAGACAAAGAAGCUGCAAUCCAACAGUUACAGCAGGAAACUGAAGAUCUUCAACACACCUUUGAGGAAAUACAAGUUUCCUUUCAAAAAAAUAAAAAUUUGAACAAACAGCUGAAAGUCUUACAGGAAAAGGAGAACUCUCUUAAAGAUUCUGGUGUCAAGCUAGCAUCUGAGAUUCAAAAGGUUAAGGAUGAAAAUAAAAAGUACAAGUCGAUAAUGGAGGAAUUAGAGGCAGAACAAAAGACUCUUGAAAAGAAAAACAGAAAAUUUCUUGAGUUGGAGGAAGAACAUGAGAGGAUAAAAGAUGUGACAAAACAUUUUAAGCUUAACAUUCACCAAUUGGCAGAGAAAAAUUGGACCCUUACGAAGAAAAUCCAAUCUUUCCAAACCGCUUUGGAAUCCAAAGAAAAUGCUAAAGCAGAAUUGUUGGCUUUAAAGGAAGAAAAGACGCUUCUCCAGAACAUCACACUCAGACUCCAGCAAGACAUUCAAAAACAUAAGAUUGAAAAUCCUGUUCAGAUGGAGAUCGUGCAAGCUGAGACGGAUUCUUUGAAGAUGAAAAUCCAGGGAGAAAAACAAUCUGUCCAGCAAACACAACAGGAAGUCUGUGCUCUGGAACAGGAAUUUCAAGCACUGCGUGAUGCUGUUAAUCAGAAAGAAGAGUUGAAGGAAGAACUGUCUCAACUGAAGGCUGAGAAGAGAACGGCUCAGAACUCCAUUUUCAAGCUGAAGAAUCAAAUACAACAGCUUGAAAAAAGUCAAGAUGAUUGCAACGUCAUGCAGCAUAAACUUGAGCUGGAAAGAGAGAAUCUCACAAAAGAAGACCAAAAACUGAACACUUUGCACAAACACUAUAGAAACAUGACUGUAGAAAUUAAGGCUUUAAAACACAAGAUAACGUUAUCUGAGGAUGAACAUCAGGCCCUGUUAGAAGAACACCAAUCUUUAAAAAGGGAUUUGGAACAGAGGACCAAGGCGGAAGCAGAGUUGGAUGGUUUGAGGAGAACAAGUUCAUCUCUCAACAACGUCAUAGACACACUAAAGCAAAAGGUUCAAAGACAAAAGGAUGAGCUUGAACAUCUCCCUGACCAUGUGAACAGCAGGCUUUCUGGAGGAACAGCCAGCUCAUAUGAUCCUCAAGCUCUUUCCAGGAUGGUCAAUGAUGAACGGAUUGCUGUGGAGAAUUUAAAACAGGAAGCCACAGACCUGGAAACCCAACUGCGUGAAAUAGAAGAAUCCUCUACAAGCCAAAGAGGUUUAAGGAUCGAACUGGAAGGAGUGUUGGCUGAGAGGAAAUUGGUGGAAGAAUCUAAUUCCAAGCUGAAAAAGGCCAUCCAAAAACUUCAGAAUGAACUCAGAGACAAAUCAAAACUAGAAGAUGAAGUUGUAGCACAGAGCAAGGCUCUUGUUGCUCUAAAAGAAGAAGAGAAGGAGAUGGAAAAAGAACGUCAGAGCAUCAAGGCUGAAAUCUUGGAUCUUCAAUUCAACAAAAGCAAACUGGCUGAUGAAAAACAGGCCCUUUCCAAGAAAAUCCAAGAGAAGACAACUAAAAUGAAGAUGGAGGUAGAAGCUGAGCUGACUUCUCUGAGGAAAGUUAGAUCUUCUCUCAAAGAAGGCAUAGAACAAAUGAAGCAGGAGAUUCAAGGAUUAAAUUCUCAGCUGGUACGAUCUGUCGAUGACUUAGCCUUUGAGUUCAAAGACAUGCCUGACGUACGGACCCUUGAGGACAUGUUUGAGAAAGUUGAAAAAGAAAAGUUCGACAUUCAAAAGUUAGAAGAGGAAUGCCGCCUGCUCCAGAGCGAGAUCCAAAACAUAAAUGACUCUGCUGUGCUAAUUUCAGACUUACACCAAGAACUAAAAAAUCUUCAGUCUCAGAAAAAGUUGAAGCAAGACACUAUUUCUGAGUUGAAGAGUGAAAUCUUGAAUCUUCAGGAGGAUCUUGGUGGAUACAAUGAGAUCAGAGCUGAAAUUCUUUCAGAAAGGGAGACUCUAGAUGCUUUGAUCCAGCACAAAAAUGAUUUGGAGGAAGAAUAUGUUAAAAUGAAGGCUGUUCAAGAAAAGAAGAGCAAGAAUGCUCCUUUACCACUGGACCUGCCAGAGAAAACCCAAAAGAGGAUGACGUAUGCAGAUGAGCCAAAAAGAUUCCUAAAGAAACCUAGACCCAAAACUCCUCCUUCAUCAUCCAGUGACUCUGAAAGUCAGCUGGAAAUCAAAGAUUCGAUGAGGAAAGUAGACGAGCCGACAGGUUUCAUCAGGCUUUCUAGACCUAAACUUGCUCCUAUAUCAGUCACGAAACCUAGACCCAUAACUCCUCCAUCAGCCAGCACCAGUGAAAUAUCUAAAAAAGACUUUUACCCCACAGUUGGGAAGGCAAAGCCCGGACAAUUCCCAACUGUUAAGUCAUCAAAGAAAUACAAUCUUUGGUGA